ACGUUCAGUGACGCAGCAGCACACGCCUUUAUUUCUAGGUUAGGAACUUGAUCUGUUGAUCCGUUUUAUUUACCCUCGCAUGAUAGACGUUGUUAUAAUUCUUUCCAUUUUUAUAUGUUUUAAUUAUUAUAAUAAACCUCCAAUUUUCGAGAUUUACAGGCAAUUCUCAAUAAAAUGACUUCAAUUUUGGAUAAUGAUAAACAAUCAAGUUUUGAUGUCGAACCUUCACUCAGAUUACGUUUAUCAGCAGAUCCCUUAAAUAGUUCUCUUAUGAAAGAACACUUGAUUGAGGAUGAAACUUGUAAAUCAAAUUUAGAGGCAAUGGAGACAAAUAAGAAGAAUGACUUUUCAUUAAAUAGUUCAUCUUCAAAUUUAAAGCGAAAAUUAAUUGAAGAAGACGAGAGGAAUGUGAAAGAAAUUGAAAAAGAAGAUUCGAAAGAAGUAAACGAAGAUAACUUAAAGGAAGUAAAGAUUGAUGGUAAAAAGGAAGAUAUUUCAUCAUCGCCAAAAGUUGACGAGAAAAAUAUUUUGAGUAAAAAAGAAAAGGAUACGUAUUUAAAAUUAUUGCUACUUGAAGAAGAAUUAGAUGAGGAAUUAUCGAAAUUAAGAACCGAAUUAGAUGCCGUUCCAUCGAAACAAACGACAAUGAAUUAUCUCCACGAGUAUAAUAAUAUCAAGGAUGCGGCUCAAGUUGUUUUGGGUGCUUUGGCAACAAUGCGAGAAGUUACAAUUGCCAGUUUGCACAAAGAAUACAAUUUACCAACUGCCGACGAAUGAAUUCACUUUUUAUUUUCGAAUCACGUUAAAUUUAUUAAUUCGUUUAUAAAUAUACACAUAUCUUUCUAAAAGAAAAUUACUAAACAAAUAUCUCUCUAAAAUAACGUUAAUUUAUAAUUAUAUUAUAAAAGAGGGAAAAAUGUAAUUUUUCUCCAAAUACUUUUUCAUUUCAUAUUUUUCUUCCCAUUUAAGUUUUCCUUUACUAUACUACUUUUUAUUUUUCAUUCAUUACUACUUCAAUGGUAAUGAAAUUAUCAAGUUAUAUUUUUACUUGAUUUCAUAAAGUUUAUUUUUUAUUUUCCUUCGUUCUAUAUAUAAAAAGUUCGUGUAGAACGUUUCACAUUAAAAAUAAGAACAUGGACAAAAAAAAUUGUACCUCGAUGAAAAAAAUUGUUAUAUGACAAUGAAUACAAUUUGAAUAAAAAUCAAGAAU